AUGUAUGAAUUACCUCCUGGUGAUAAGGAAAUGGAGAAUAUUGAUCUCUAAAAAAAUCCAUAUGAAUUAAAUUUAAUAGAAGAUGAUGAUGAAGAUAAAAGCUAAAUCUCUCAAUUUUUGUAGAAUGUUAUUUAAUAGCCAUAACAGAAUUUGUUUGAUUUAGAUAUCUCAGAUAGUUAAGAAUAGUAAAAUGAACCUAAGACAUCACUUUCUUCUUUAAUUGAUUAAAUGUUAUCAUCAAUUUCUAACAACUAAGAAAUUCUUAACAAUACAGUUCGUUUAAUAGAUGAAGAUGAUACAAUUGCAGAUACUAUUGAAGAGUUUGAGUUUCGAGACUAUUAAAUAGAAUUAUAUGAAAAAGGAAUUGGUAAGAAUUCUAUCAUUUAUUUGGAAACUGGAUUAGGUAAAACUUUAGUCAUAAUUAUGUUGAUGUGGGAUCGCUUAUUCAAGUUUCCUAAUAAAAAAAUUGUUUUUUUAGCAAAUACAAUAUAAUUGGUAGAAUAGUAGGCCUAACAAAUUAAAUAAAAAUUACCUAGAGUUGCAGAAUUAUUAAGUGAUGAUGAGAUAAUGAUAGAAAAAGCUAAGGAAAUAGGAUCUAAGUUAAAUGUAUUUCAUGGAAGCAAAUGUACAGAUAUAUGGAAUUAAGUUAUGUGGCAAAUUAUGUUAGAAGAAACUUAAAUUUUAGUAAUGACUACUUAAAUCUUUCUUAAUAUUUUAAGAAAAGGAUUGGCCAAAAUCUCUAAUUUUAGUUUUAUUGCAAUGGAUGAAUGUCAUAAUGCUAUUUAGGAUCAUCCAUACAACUACAUUUUGAAGGAAUUCUACCUCAAAACUAAAAUGUAAUCUGAAAACCAAUCUCUACCUUAAAUUGUUGGAUCAACUGCUUCACCUGUUAUGAAUAGUAGAUCAGUCACCAAUAAUUAAUUAUUAUAAGAAUUGCUAUAACUAUCAGCAAAUAUGGAUUCUUAAUAUUUGCAUGUAGAUGCUUAGAACCUUAAAAAACAUAUAAAAGAGGCUAAGAUAGUACCUGUCUAUUAUAAGAUGCUUUUUAAUGAUGCUGAUAUCUAAAAAGUGAUUGAUUUAAAAGCAUCACUAACAAAUUGUGAAAAAAAUGAGAAUAAGGCCCUAGAUGUGAUGAGAAAAAACUCUUAUUUGAUUGAAUUUUUUUAAGUAAAACAAAUUUUAGAGAAUUUUAAGAAAAAGUAUUCUUAUGAUAUAUAAACAAAAAUAUUAAUAGCAUAAAUUGAGAAAUAAAUAUUAAUCAAUGGAUUUCAAAUGUAUUUAGAAUUAGGUCAAUAUAUGUUUGGUAAUUAUUUUUAAUAUCUUGAUAGUAUUAUUAUUGGAAUAUGUAAUUAUUAAGUUAAAUGAUUUUUUAACUAUUAAAAGACCUUCAAAUUAAGCUGCUUGUUUAGAAAUCUUAAAAACAAUGUAGAGCAUCUUAAAGGAUGUGAAAAUUAAAUAUUAGAAUGUCUUUGAAUCUUCAACUCCAAAAGUUCAGUCUUUGUUCACUAUCAUAAGAAGGGCUUAAUAAUAAAGUGAUGAUAAUAAUAGGAUUCUAAUAUUUGUUAAACAAAGACUUACAGCUUUCUUUUUAAAUAGACUAUUAGAAGAAUACUUUGCUUCAGAGAGAAUAAGUAAUUGAUUUCUUAUUAUAAAUUUAAUAGAUAUUGCAUCAAAUUUUAUAAUUGGACAUUGCAGUUCUAUUGUGAGAAAACAAAAUAAUAGUAUAAUGAUUAAUGUAAUUGAAUCCAAUAAAGAUGAUUAAGAAGAAUUGAUAAAAAAAUUAUAUGCUGAAUUAUAACAUGAUUAAAGCAAAUUCUCAAUUGAAUAGUUAAAAGAUCAAGUCAAUAGAUUAAAUAUAUUUGCUUAUAAAAUAAGUGCUUCAGUCUAAAAUGAUAUUCUAAAUUAGUUUAGAUAAGGAAAAAUUAAAAUUCUAUUUUCAACAGCAGUGGCAGAAGAAGGUAUUGAUAUUCCAAUGUGUAAUUAUGUUAUUGGAUUCAAUCCAAUUGCAAGUUCAAAGGCAUAUGUUUAAAUGAAAGGAAGAGCUAGAAAAGAAAAUUCAUAGUUUAUGAUAUUUAUGGUAGAUAAAUUGUAGCAAGCUUAAGUUUAAAGUCAUUAAUAAGUUUAAACUAAUAUUAAAUAAAUUAUUGAAGAAUUGACAGCUCCUUAAAGAUAAUAAAUGCUUAAUAAAGCAAUUCUAAGUUUAUGUAUUAUUUUUAUUAUAUUAAUCAGAGACAAAGACUUUUGAAAACACUUAUUUUGAUUCAUUUGAAAUUGGAGGUUCAGGUGCUCUAAUAAAUACAAAUUGGUCAUGUUAAUUAAUAUAGUAAUUGUGUUAAAAGUUCAAUUAAAAAGAUGCUGAUAAAAUUUUACCUAAAUAUGCAAUUUAUUAAUUGGGUAGCGCCUAGACAAAUUAAUAAUAUAUUGCAUUUUUACUUCUCCCAAUAUCAUUAAAGAGUUUCAUAUUUUAUGGAAAACUUGCCCCUACAUCAAAAGAUGCAAAAGCUUCAGCUGCAUUUGAAGCAUCAGUUUAAUUAUAUUAGAGAGGAUACAUUGAUGAUAAUUUGUAGAUUUGUUUUGAUUGUGAUUUGGGUUAACAUAUAGGAGCAGAUUAAGAUGAUUCUCAAAUUAUGAUGGUAAAUAUGAUUAUCAUAAAUCUUAUAGACAAGAGAAUAAUGGCAAAUAGCUUGUAAAUAUUCUUAAAGGCUAGUAUUAACUUAAUCUACAAUGGGAGGGAAAGUGAAUUCUUAAAAAAGAUAUUAUACUAAUUUCUUCAAGUCUAUAUUUUCAUCAAAAGAGUAAGAUUAAUUUGAAGAUUGUUUACUUUAUGAAUGCCUAUUUUAGAAUGAGAAAAUAUUAUUAACAUUUCCAAAAUAAAUGCUUCAUCAAAUCAAUAAGACUGAAAAUACUUUGUUCGCUCUUGGAAUUUAAUUUUAAUCUAUGACUAAAAUAUCUAGAAGUUAAUAUUAAAAUUUUUAUAAAAAAUAUGUAGAAACAAUAAUGAAAGAAGAGAAUUUAAAAUUAUUGAGAGAUGAGAUAUAUGUAAUUAUUAAUCAAUGUAAGAUUAUUAUUUAUAAUUCAUAGAAUGUUAAUUUAGAAUAAAAAAAGAGAUAGAAUAGAAUUUACUUCUAAUAUUAAAGGGUUAAGAUAAUAGUAAAUUUAAACUUAAUUAUAUUGUAAAUCAAUUUGCUUUAAGAUUUAAAGUAGAUCUAUUUAAAGAAAAAAUUAAAGAUCAUUUAAUUUAAAAAUUCUCUAUUGGACCUUUAAAUAUCAAACCACAUAUGAAUUAAGUGUUGAAUUCCACUAAUAAAUAUAUUUAGUAUUUUACGUCUCUAAAAUAUUAAUAUUAAGAUGAUAUAGAUGCAUAAAGAUUUAAUUUUAUUCAAUAUAGUGUUUCUGAUGAUGUUAUCAAUUUAGAUGUUAAAGAUAGAUUGGAUGAAAUAAUAUUUAAAUCUUUGGAUUUAUAGUCUCAUAAUUAUAAUGAAUUAUUAUUAGGACUUUAAUAUUAUAAAUUACUUAUAGCAGUUGUAUUAUAUGCUAAUUAUUUUGAAAAUGAUAUCAAAAUUACCAAAGCUAAAUUUAAAACAUUUACAAGGAGUACAUAUAUUAGAAAUUGUCUACUUGAAUCUUAUCUCUUCCUUUAUUUACAUAAAAGUGAUUUAAAUGAUAUAACUAAAACAUAUAUUGGUAUAGAUAGAUUUCAAGAUAAUUUUGAUUUAAUGAUGGAAUAAUUAAUUUUAGAUGAUUUUUCAGUAGCUAAAAGAAAAACAUAGAAAAAUACAGUUUAAAAUAAGAUUCAUUUUUCAAAUUAAGAAUUUUUUUAGUUUAUUCAAUAAUCAUUAUUUCUAAUUUAAGAGUAUGAUUAAGAUCUUAUAAAUGGUCUUAAUUGGCUUAGAACAUUAAGAAUAAUGACUUCUAUGAAAAUUCAUAUAAACUCAUCAAAAUGUUUAUAAGAAUUUUUACCUGAAGUAGUACCUCUUAGUGAAUAGACUAGAUAAAUUUAAAAAGUAUUCUCUUAACUUGAAUAUCAAAUUAAAUAUUAAUUUAAACAUUUUGAAUUAUUAUUUUAAGCAAUGACUGAUAUUUCAUUUAAAUUUGUAAUAAAUAAUAAAUUAAAAAACAAAUAUUUUGAACAAUUUUAAAAAAAAGAGGAAUUUUAAGGAGUAUUAUAGGAAUAAUAAUGGAUUGAAUUUAAAAGUCAAUUUGAAUGUAUGAAUCAAACAGAUUAGAAUAAUUAUGAAAAUUCAUUAUUAGCUAUGUUAGGUAAAGCAUUAUGGAAUUAUCUAAUAAUUAAAAUAUUAAAUGAAAAUAAAUUAGGUAUAUAUUCAAAUACAAUAUCAUAGACUGUUAUGCAAUAAGAAUUCUAGGAAAAAUUCUAUAGAAAACCUAAUUUAUUGUAUAUUUAGCUAUAUAUCUAAAUUUGCAAAGAUAUUUGAAUAGCAGUUACCAAAAUCCAAUAUUUACUUUAGCAACUGAGGUUGAAAAAUGUAAAGAUUAAUCAUUAGCAUAUAAAAUUGGUUUAAUUUAAAAAUCUUAAGUUUCUUAAAUUUUAGAAACUGCUUUCUUUGCUCUUGUGGGUGCUAUCUAUAUGGAUUCUAAUAGUAAUUCUAAUAUAGUAAUGUAAUGGGCUAAAUUGUUAUUAUAAGAUGUUAAAGUUUAAUAAUUGUAUUCAAAUGAAUUCAUUUAAAGAUAACCAAAAUUUUUAUUUUUUUAAUGGUAAAAAUGGAUUAUAUAUUUAGGUAUCAAAAUAAUAUAGGUAACCCAUUCAAUUUUAAUUUGAUCAAGAUUCCUCAUUAAGAUUACAAAAAAGUAACAUAAGGAGAAAAUUUGUUCAUCCCUUAUGAUAUGUUAGAAGCAUAGAUAGUCAAUAUAAAGAAAGAUAAAUAUUAUGAAAUAUAAUAAUUACAUAUUUAUGCUAAAAGCAAAGCAAAAGCUUGGGAAAAAUUAUAUGAAAUGAUUGAUUAUUGA